AUGGAUUUCCUGCAGAACGCUCUUAAGAACAUGGACCAGUACUCCUCUGCUGUCGCCGACAACCACGAAGAUAAGGAGGUGAUGAACAACUCGAUCCACAACGUCGCUCAGAAUGGCGUGAACCCUCCUGAGGAAUCCGAUAUCCAGGAUGCCAAGGCUGCACACGAGAAGGUGUAUAAGCACGGCGCUUCUGAGGGUGUCUCUGACGAGGACCUGGGCAAGGCCGCCGGUGUUCAGGCUUUCAAGGAGUAUGAGAGGUCGAGCUCUGACGAGAGCGAAGGCGGCGGUGGUGGACAAGGCCAAUUGAUCCAGAUGGCGAUGGCGGAGGCCAUGAAGAUGUUCUCCGGUAAAGGAGGGUCGGACAAGAGCGCGAUUAUCCAGAGCGCGAUUGCUAUGGCGACGAAGCUGUUCAUGGGCAAGUCUGGCGCUGGUGGUGGAGGAGUGAGUCAGUUGCUGGCGAUGCUCAGCGGCGGUGGAGGUGGUGGAAGUGGUGGAAGUGGUGGAAGUGGUGGAAAUGGCGGAAGUAGUGGAAGUGGUGGAAGUGGCGAAGAGAAUAAGAGCGAGUCUGGUGGAUUGGGGGGUAUGAUGAGCAUGCUUGGAGAGGCUAGCAAGAACCCUCAGGUGUCGGAAAUGUUCAAGAAGUUUAUGUAA